AGCGAUUUACAUUGGUCAAUCUACUACUUUUACACAACAAAUAACAAGCAAGCGACGUGGACAUGAAGGGGAAAUAAUGCAAAGUUUAUUAAGAUGCAAAAGUACAACCAAAUGUUGAUUGCAACAUCAUUUUAAACUUUUUUCACAAUUCUCGAAAAAGGCCGGUGUUUAAUUUUGUCGCAGUCACCAGAAGAAGCUUAUGACGAAGAGAAAACCAGAAAUGGAAACCGGUUUGAUGACCCUAAGCUAUUCCUGCCCUGUCUUAAAUCGAAAAAUAAGAUUUGCUUAAAAGUUUGAAGAUUUUCGUUUGCUUGAAAAAGAAGCACCUGUCAUGGAUCGAUGCAGUCUUCUCCUUUAAUUAGGAUUUACUUAUGUGGAUUUUAAUUGAAGUAUUUGAUGUCUUUAUAGAAGGUGCAAGAUCUGCAAUGGUGUUAAUUAGGUCAAUGAAAAGAACUAACAGGUUGACGUAUUUUAGUUGGAUCGUUUUAGAUCUUAUAGAUCUCAUUCUUUAGUGGGGAAUUCUUAGCUGUUACUAGUAAAUGGCAAAUGAUUUCCAGCAAAAGCCUGGGAAAACAAUAUUUGCCUUUUAUUGCAAAUUGAGGUUGAGAUUUACUAGUUCAGCCGAUUGAUAACAAGCAAUAGAAUACUCUCUGGUUGAUAGCACAUGAUUGACAGUGUUAACCUGUCAUUGUAGGCUGGUAAUGAGAUUCAUUCUUGACAGUUGAUUAAUACCACGCAAUAGAAUACUCUCUGGUUGAUAGCACAUGAUUGACAGUGUUAACCUGUCAUUGUAGGUUGGUAAUGAGAUUCAUUCUUGACAGUUAUUGAUAGCAAGCAAUAGAAUACUCUCUGGUUGAUAGCACAUGAUUGGCAGUGUUAACCUGUCAUUGUAGGUUGGUAAUGAGAUUCAUUCUUGACAGUUGAUUAAUACCACGCAAUAGAAUACUAUUUGUUUGAUAGCAUGACGGACAGCAUUUUGCCAUCCUUGCGGGCAAGUCAUUCAGCAGAUCAAUAUUACUGCAUCAAAAGGAGAUAAUUUUUUUCUGCAAGUCCAAGACAAUACAACAAGAUAGCGUACAAUAAUAGCAAGACAAGACAAAAGUGAGUACAAAUACACGGUGCUAUUUGCCCAAAAAAUACAGAUUAUUUUAAUAAUUAAUCAAUUUUGUGCUUUUUAUUUAAAGGAAAAUUAUUAUGUUAAUGUGGAAGUGGUCUCGCUAGUAAACGAAAAGUGUUCAAGUCUUACCUACAAAAAAAGAAUGCAUUUCUUCCUCAUUCUGUUCAUAACUGGACUUUCUACACUUGUUAAAGGUGAUGGUGGUUGUAAGGUGCUUGGCUUUCUUGACUGUGAGAAAAACAAGACCUUCACUGGUCACCUCAUCAGGUCUUUAAGAAUCUUAGCACCCGGAUUAGAGGAUUGUCAGAACAAAUGUUAUCUUGAAGACAAACGUAUGUCGUACAACCUGAGUCCAGUAGAAGGAAUGGCGAGAACAUGUGAACUGAAUGACGCUGAUCACGUGUCAGAUCCAGAUCACUUGGUAUCAAAGAAAGACUUUGAAUACUGUCCAAUCAAAAACCCCUGUUCUUCCAGUCCUUGUCCUUCCUAUCAAUGGUGUGCACCUGACUUCUAUAGGGACACGUUCAAGUGCAGCUAUGGAAGGUUGACCCAGUGGGGUCCAUGGUCUACAUGUCGUUGUCCUAUAGUUCGUUACCAUGGUUGUAUCACCCCCAUGAACACCAGUGCUCCACUUUUGUGUGAAGGAUCGAAGAUGGAGGAAGAGAAGAAGUGCAAAUCAGUCACAGAUAUCUCAGGUUGUUCUGGGCCUCUUGGAAUGCAGGAUGGGACGAUACAAGACAAUCAGAUAUCGGCCUCGUCGAGAUUACACAGCAAGUGUGAUCCCUCUAACGCGCGUCUUUACAAAACCCARGGUUCUGCUUUGGACGGGGGGUGGUGUGCGUCACAAAGUAAAAUUGGCGAGUACUUGCAGAUAGACUUGGGGACAAUGAAAUGGGUGACAAAGAUCGCCACACAAGGGAGAAACAUACCAAGUUUUACUCAUUGGGUGAAGGAGUACACUUUGUCCUUCACAAACAAUACCAUCACUUGGCAAGACUACAGAGGGGAUGAAAACUGCGCGAAGCGCUUCAUUGGUAAUACUGACAUAAACACAGUUGUGACGCACGAACUUCCAGUGCCCGUCAAGACACGAUACGUUAGAUUUCUACCACAGGCGUGGAUGAAACGCAUAGCGAUGAGGGUUGAACUGUAUGGAUGUACAUCUGUAUGAAACCACAUGCACAGCAAUGAGUACCAACAGACUGACGGUACCCAUCAAGACACGAUACAUUAGAUGGAGAUCAGGACACAUAUCGAUGAGGAUGGAACUGUAUGGCUGUACAUCUGUAUACAACCACAUGCAUAGCAAUGAGUACCAACAGACUGACGGUACCCAUCAAGACACGAUACAUUAGAUGAAGAGGACACAUAUCGAUGAAGGUUGAACUGUAUGGCUGUACWUCUGUAUACAACCACAUGCACAGCAAUGAGUACCAACAGACUGACGGUACCCAUCAAGACUCGAUACAUUAGAUGGAGAGGACACAUAUCGAUGAAGGUUGAACUGUAUGGCUGUACAUCUGUAUACAACUACAUGCACAGCAAUGAGUACCAACAGACUGUCCGAGAUCCCUCAGCCAUUCCCUGAUAUGACAUGAUAAAUCUAUUAUCUGUAAUUAAUACAUUUAUCAUGUUAAGUUUAUUCAAGGUUGAAGUACUUAUGCUUUUUAUAACGAAAGAUGAUGAUAGAUCCCUUGCAGCACUUUGGAAUGCUGCUCAAACUGGGGGACAAAACAAUAGGUUCCAACUCUCAGGAGAUUUGGAUUUCUUUUGUUUUGUCCCCAGUCCCUCAGAUCGAGCUGCUUUGACGUCACAUGCAAGCUGUCUCUUUGUUAUUACAUUUGAGCUAUCAGGUCGUUACAAUAAGCCUUUUCAUAGUUUAAGAAUCGAUUCCACUGCGCAUGCGAUUUUAUC